AUGGAGACGAGCCCGCCACGAAAGGGAGCGCUGACGGGCGUCGUGCUUGGGACAGAAAGCAGAAGAUCACAGGUCAUCCGCGGGAGACAUACGGACCGAGGAGAUCUGACAGAGCUCGAGGGAAAGGAGGGCGUCCGGUGCCGUGCCAGAAUGACCAUAUGCUACUAUAUCGUACGUAUGAAAUUGACGCUGAGAAAAAAAAGGAGGGAGCUGAGAAAAGCGGUAAAAUAUUGGAUGGCGCGACGGGAAUGGGGCGUUGCAGGGCUGGGGGGUGUGGGCGAUGGCUGGGGUGCAGCGGUGCAGCGGUGCUAUGAGGGAUGGGGAAGGCCGGUGCUCUGGGGAGUGUCUGUGGAGACUGGUGACAGAAAAGACAGAGAAAAGGGAGGGAGAGCGGAGUGUGAAAUGCGGAUAACAGGGAGAGGACGCUUGUUUCCUUCGGGCAAAACUCCUCCCCCAGCACCUUCCGCUGCCUUUGCCAAACGAGCGAGGGAGAUACAGGCCGAAGAACGCUUGGGUGGAGCUAGAUACAGGCCUCCUGCGCUGCGCGCUCUAGCCCCAAGUGGCUCUCCUCCUAAUGAGCUUUCUCCCUCUGUCACGUCCCCAAGCGACAUAUCAAGCCUUCCUCCGUCCAACUAUCCUCCAGGUUUCAGGAGAGCAAGGGCUGGGACCUUGCCUUCCAAUGUACAGCUUGCUGCACAACGAUUUGCCGCAGCUUCCAAUACCUUGGGAAGCACUCCUCCCUCCACGGAAUCUUUUACGGAGCAGGCACAGAGACAGAGUGCAAAUACUACUCCGAAUCUCGUAGCACCUCCUCGUCCUGGUUUACGCCAUACUGCCUCGGUAGCGUCGUCAGCUGUCGUCACAGAGCGCAACAGUCGUCUCAGAUCUGGUUCGUUGACCUUACCCACUGGUGGCUUGUCCAAUGCAUUUGGUCCUUCUAUUUUCUCAUCGUCCUGGCUGUCUUCGACCAAUGGAAGCAAUUUUCCUAUUUUGGACGAAUUGCGUUCGGUGACUUCUGCAGAUUCUGGAGCAGAGGAUUUCGACGUUCAUACUCUCGACUACCUUGGGUUGGAUGACGGACAUCGUCCGCCACCUGCCGCAACCAUUUCGGAGUUACGCACUCAAGCUCAAGCCGCGAUCGCCGGAAACCUCGCUAACCCCCCUCGCUUACGUGCAAGCACAGUAUCGAACCCCUACCGCACAAGGUCUUCUGCUGGUGCUUCGCUUCUUUCUACACCCAAUGCAGAUGACGACGAGGAGUACUUUGAUAAUUAUGAAAAUCAGGGUUUGUAUGAAAGGCAGCAUAUGGGCCCGUACGAUGCCUCCGUGGGAGAUUCCAAUCUUUUGCACUCUUCUUAUGUCGCAAAAGGCUUCAAACAAACCGAUCACUUGGCAGCAGCCAACGGUCUCAGUUCUAGGCCGAGGGCCAUCUCUGUGGGCAAUCUCGAUGAUCCUAUGCGUUCCCUUCAGCGUCGUUCUACUAUUGGCGAGACGCAGUCGCCUUACCUCACUGACCUUUCUUCGCCUAUCAGCGGCUUAGGGCUUGCCAGUGGUCUUGGUAGUCCCGCUGGUAUCUUAAAAUCGGACAAGCUGAUGGGCUCGCGCAAUGGAUCAUCUCCUACGGUUCAUUUCCCCAACGGAGAGCUCAGUCGCUCGUCUUCUUACCUCGCUGCUCCUGGCUCCCAGAACCGCGCUGUAUCUCCUAAAAACGAAGGCCCCAACUCCCAAAUCCAGACGCCAACACGUUCCCUGUGGAUUGGCAAUCUUGACAGCGCCGUCACAAGCGAACAACUCAUCCACGUGUUUGCUCCCUACGGUGCAAUUGAGAGUUUGAGGUUAUUGCCCGAGAAGGAAUGUGGUUUUGUCAAUUUUGUAGACCAAGGGGAUGCUAUUCGUGCAAAGGACGAUGUGCUUAACCGAUUAGGAGGUAAUAUCGGUAUGCCCAAUGGCCAAACUGUGCGCAUCGGUUUCGGGAAAGCGGAUAGCGCUCCUGUCGCUCCCGCCAAAGGUACCACUGUCACUAGCCCUGGCACCACUUCUCCAAGUGGAGCAACAGGGAAGAGCACUAGUCCCGGCUUGGGCGGCAUGGAUGCUCAAUUACAGUCUACCCCCACUCGUGCACUGUGGAUCGGCUCCAUCCCAUCCACCACAACCCCGGCGACUAUCUUGAGUGUAUUCAGUCCGUACGGGCCUAUCGAAUCUGCACGAGUGUUGACCCACAAAAACUGUGGAUUCAUCAACUUUGAGCGAUUGGACGAUGCUGUAAGGGCUAGGAAAGCUUUGAAUGGUCGCGAUGUUCUCGGUAGCGAUGUGGGUGCUAUUCGUAUCGGGUUCGCUAAGGUACCAGUCAAAAAUGGACAAGAGGGUGGCGCUGGCCAGGAUGAGAGUCCCAGUGUUGCAGUGCAAGGUGUAGGUGAUCUCAGCGUCGGAGCUACUAUCCACGCUCUUCGCAGUGUCAAGGGAGCAUCCACUAUUCCCGCGGACCAGCAGGUUCUUGGAGGAUCUGUUGAAAACUAUCGUUCAAAUCUACUUCUCAGUAUGAUUGGUUCUGGUUUGCACAAUAUUGGUUUCAAUGAUGGCAUGGUCAAGCCUGCUGGGUGGACACCUUCGGUGACUGAGCAACAGAUGAUCAUGAAAGAGCUCACGGCAGGUAGCUUAGAUGCAGAGGCUGAUGUCAUGGCCCUCGCCGAUUUCCGACCCCCUACUAUGUACUACACCACCAUUCCGCUCGUCUCCGAGAGGCCGCACAACAGACGUUGGGAUGCCUCCAAGCUGCGUGAAUUGCGUAAAAGGUUGGACUCUGGAACGAUGACGGUGGAGGAAACUGAUCAAGUUGCUGCUGACUUUCUGGAUGGAGAGAUUGUUGAUUUGGCUUCUGAUUGGCUUGGCAAUACUGUCGUACAAAAACUGUUCGAAAGGUGCUCAGCUGUCCCGCGGUUUGCAAUGUUAGAGAGGAUCACGCCCAAUCUCGCCAUGAUUGGUAUCCACAAGAACGGCACCUGGGCGGCACAAAAGAUUAUUGAAUGCGUCCAAUCUCCUGAAGAAGUCGCAUUGAUCGUUCAAAAUUUAAGAGCCUACGCUCCGCCUCUGCUGCUUGAUCAAUUUGGCAAUUAUGUUGUCCAGUGUUGUCUUCGUUUUGGUGCCCCUGCCAAUGAUUUCAUCUUUGAUGCCAUGGUUGACCGGAUGUGGGAGGUAGCGCAAGGUCGCUUUGGCGCACGAAGCAUGAGGGCUUGUCUGGAAAGCCCGCAUAUAACUCUUAGUCAACAACGUCGAAUUGCAACUGCAGUAAUUCUUAAUUCAAUCCCAUUGGCCACCAAUCCUAAUGGCGCACUAUUGCUCACAUGGCUUCUGGACACGUCUGCUUUCCCUUCGAGGAUAGUCAACCAGAAGAUUGAACCCGAUGCCUCGCGGCAGAUUGUGCAGGCAUUGUUUUCAUCUCCUGGUGACCACGUGCUUACCGAUGUUUUGGGCGAUCAAGUUAAUGGUGUUGCGGUUGUACACAAAAUUCUCACUAGCUACAUGGAGGCCACGAAGCGCGUGCUCAUUGAGCUCAAGGUUAUCGCGACCCAGGCUUAUCGUCGGUUGAUCGAGGAGGUGGGACUUCCGAUCCCCAAUUACCAACCCACGUACACGACAAAUGUUCCUCAGACGGGGAAGAAAAUUUCAUCCCAGAACUCAUUUGGCAUGCCUGGACUGCCUUCCGGCUAUCCUUCAAAUGAUCAGGGAUUAGCUUCCAUGAUGGCUGCAUUGCAGAUGGGAGGUCAGAACCCGCAAUCCGGCCCUCCUCAGCUUCAUAUUGAUCCUUCCUAUGGCCAAAACAAUGGACGCAAUCGUGGCGCAUCGAAUCCUCCGUCUGCAUUUUCACCUAGCACAGAUCCCUUCAACCCCUUUGCCCUUCGAUCACCUGAUAUCAGUAGUCCUCGCUCUGCAAUUCGCCGCAACGGAGGUUUACCCGGUCCUCCGACUAUGACAAAUACUCCUGUCUCUGCAGUUCCUUAUGGUACCCAAUCUCCGAGCCUCUCGCAGGCAGGCAACGUCCUCGGCAUGGGACAGCCCACGUAUAAUGCUCAAUCAGUUCCACCUCACCUUUACCAGGCCUACAUGUAUCAAGUAUACCAACAGAACCCCAACAAUAUGGGCACCUUCACAUAAAAAACAUAUGCUGCCACGACUCGCCUACGACUUCCCUGUUGCAUAUCGCACAAUGAAAAUUAUUCCUUCUUGUUCUAUCUAUUAUUCUGUCACAGUAAGGUCUUGCACCAGACACUUCCAUUCCUUUCGAUACCCCUUUCACGCCAUAUGCUACACUUUCGCUCUUUUUUCUCGUAAAGCAGGGCCCCAGUGCAGUGUGAAUUGCCAAUGCAGGAAAACUUCAUAUAUUUUUCUCUUAUUCUCCCCUUCUUUCAACGUUGGUCGUGAAUAUGUAUAACUAAGGAUGGCUGUAAAACAUGGCCUUGAAACUAUAGAAGAAUAAAUUGGUUUUAUACGCCUG